AUGGACUCUUCUCCGAGAAGCAGCAGGGUCGAGGAGCCCACGCUCCCAACAAUCUCGGGAGUCAAGCGCCCGGCAUCUUUACUUCCCGCCUUCGAGCCGCUCUCCUCCUCUCCAGGCCUUCCUAGGCCAGUGAAGAGGCAGGCAACCGGCAAUGGAGCGUACAUGUACCCGACACCGGUGCCGACUUCAAGCACCGGCAUCCUCUCAUCCUCACCACCACGUGUCGCCGGACGUCCCACGCAACGGAGCGUCUCCGCAGCCACGGAAAGGGCCCCCUUAUCCGCAGUCCCGACCGUCGAGCUCAACGAAAACGGCGAGAUGCUACUGAUGGGCCGAUCUAGCAACUCAUCCCACUACCAGCUGUCCGCCAACCGCCUCAUCAGCCGCGUCCACGUCAAGGCACGAUAUAUAUCCGCCGCAUCACCGCCGGAUCAGAAUAAAAUUGAGAUUGUCUGCAGUGGUUGGAACGGACUAAAGGUGCACUGCCAAGGUCGGACAUGGGAGCUUGCAAAGGGAGAUACGUUCACGUCGGAGACAGAGUCAGCCGAUAUCAUGAUUGAUGUGCAGGACGCUCGUGUCCUGAUACAAUGGCCCAAGAGGGCUGAUAGCUUGGGAAAUCUAUCAGAUUCGUCCUGGGAGGAUUCACCGACACGUCCAAGAGCGGCUAGGAAUGGCGCUGGAAGCUUACAAUCCAGCCCGUUGCGUCGGCAAAGGCGAAUGGUCUCCCCGGAGUCGCCGACCCAGAAGUUUGCUACCAGCCUAGGCUCGCUCGCCGCUCUGUCUAACGACCGGAUCAAAAUAUAUGAGGACCCGAGCAGUGAAGACGAGCAAGAGCUUCCCAAGCUGCCGUUAGAGGACGCCAACGCAAGCUUCAUGACCGAAGCCACUAACAAGAGCUAUUCGAGUGAUCUCAGCGAUCCUGAGGAUGAUGAUCUGGAAAAUGACCCUAAUGAGGAGAACGAUCCUAUCGUGCAUUCUUUUGGUCCCUUCGGUGCAAACCUGUCUGAUCGCAUGGCCUCCAUUUUCGCGGGUAGCCCUACCAAGGUCUCCCGGCCGUCGCCGCAUGCUGCACGCCGACCCCUCGCCAACAGCAAAGGAACGACUGCAGUCACUGCUGCUGCAGGUGCAUUAUCCACCGCCAUUGUUUUCACUGGAGCAUCUCGGAAAACUCAGCGCGCAUCAUCACCCAGCCCGGCUCAGGCCAGGGCCAGCAGCAAGCGCACAGAGACCACCCCGGCACCCGGCAGCAGCAGAGGGACACCCGCUCCUGCUGCCGAGCCGGCAUUAGACCUAUCCGCCUUUGACGUGCCGACCAUCACCAACCACGUUGUUAACCAGCUUGCUUACUCACGGCUGCAGUCAACACCCCUUUCAGCCAUCCUGAGCCAUCUGCCUGCCGAUGUCAAGCGGGAUAGCAAGCUGGGCAAGAACGUGCUACGCCACAUCAUAGAAGAACAGAUCGCAUGCGUUGGCACCAUCCCGAGGCAAGGCAAGGAUGCUGCCGGCAAGCCUCUCGAGAGCGAGUACUAUUACAUGCCAGAGAAGGAUGAGGAUGAAUUCCGCAGACUUGCGGUCACUGACGGCAUGCGGAAGCCGAGCUUGAGGGCUUGUAGGAAGCAACACAAGCAAUACUAUUGGAAACGGCCUAAGACUCCUUGA